CUUGGGAGCAUCUGGCCUAGCUGUCAAAAAUCGUCCAUAUUUUUCGCAAAAUCCAGUCACGGCAGCGGUUUCGAAGCCGAAGUGCUCUUUAUUUCCGGAUUUUUUGCGUGUUAUAUUCUGUUGUGUCGUUUCCGUUUAUUUGCGAUCGUUCCGCGACGGGAAGUUGUUCCGAAUUAUCGAUCCCGUUGGUGCGAUAAGUGUGUCGUUUUUGUGCGGUGAUCAAAGUCUUGUUUCCUUCGUUCGAGAUUGUGUGUUUUCUUGUGGUGCUGCAACUGCGGUGCGGUGGAGCUGAAGUUUUUCUCGAUUAAUCAUCGCGCAUACUUGGACGGGGUGCUGAGAUUGUGUGUGUGCUUCCUUUGUCGUACGUACAAGCAUGUCGGAAAAGCAAGCCGUUGACCACGUCGAAGUCGAGGGGGAGGAACAUGACGCCAACUACCAGCCUCCCCCGCAGAAGACCAUCGAGGAAAUCAUGGCGGCCGACGCCGAGGACGAAAGCUUACGAAAGUACAAAGAAGCCCUACUGGGGGAAGCUCAAUCGGAGAAAAUCAUCUUCGAUGAUUCCGAUCCACGGAAAGUUAUUGUGAAAAAGCUGGCACUUUUGGUGGCUGGUCGUGAUCCCAUGGAACUGGACCUGUCCGGUGAUGUUUCUAAGCUGAAAAAGAAUGUCUUCGUCAUCAAGGAAGGUAUCCAGUACAAGAUUCGCAUCGAUUUCAUUGUGCAACGGGAAAUCGUUCAUGGGCUGAAAUAUGUCCAGAAAACCUACAGGAUGGGAGUUCCCGUGGACAAAAUGACCCAGAUGGUCGGUUCGUACCCGCCCAAAAAAGAAAUCCAAAGCUACACCACCCCGUUCGAGGAGGCCCCCUCCGGCAUGAUGGCCCGGGGAACCUACUCGGUGACGUCCCUCUUCACCGACGAUGACAAAAACGAACACCUCAAGUGGGAAUGGAGUUUCGAGAUCAAAAAAGACUGGCAGUAGAGAAUUUAUUAUCUUCUAAGGCGGAUCGGCGAUCGUGUUGCGAUUCUCUCUCGGGAUAAACAAUGACGGAAGGAGGAGAUUCGCGCCCUGGAUCAAAAAUCGCGUGUUGAUAUACAUACAUAUUAUGCAUAUAUACAUAAGAGAGGUGAGUUAAGCAAGAAAGAGUAUUAGCUGAUAAUAAACCAGCUUCCAUGCAAAAAUAAAACUGAGAGAUUACAUAAGAAGAAACGACAAGAAAAUGAAAGUCUUCAUGAAAGAAUUUUAUCGCUUUAAAUGUAGCCAGAUACACACAGUUAAUUUCCUAAGUUAAAAUCGUUCUGUAUGAUGAUAAACAAGGUAAGAUAAACAAUAUGCAAAUCAAGCGAAUGCCGGCACUCCAUUUCAACGGAAGAAAAGUGCACCACCCUCCAACGUAAGGUGCAUUCUGUCGAUGUGUUGGUCAAGGUGAGAAAACAAGCAAUUAGAAGAAGAUAAUUUGGUUGUUUUCUUAAGCAUGGUGGUAUAUAAACUUGCUUUCGUCGAUCUGUAAUUUGAAAGGAACGGACGGGGAAUGCAAACAACUCAACUGGGUAAAUGUGAUGCUUUCGCAACCACGGUAUUAUAACUAUAUGGUAUUAUCGUUUGCAUUCUAAUGAACGUUAUAAACAGUAACUAUUCUCGAUGGAUUUCGUGAUUUAGAAACAUUUUCCCUUUGUAAACGUAAUAAACUUUAUCACAAACAAUCGUUAACAUAGAAACAGCAGAAAUGCAUUUUCCCGUCGUUGCUCAGUUUAGUUUCUAUGCGCUGUAUCUUUUUAUAAAUCUGCCAAAAAUGAAGAAAAGUGUUAUGUGCUUCGAAAAGCAAUAAAACCGUAAGAAUGCUAUCCUAUUAUGCUACGCGAAUGGUGAAAACAAAGAAAUUAUAUCCAAAAGUGCUACCUUUUUAUAUAAGAUUAAGAUUCAAACUGAAAACAUGGAAUAAAAUCCUAGCUGUAAUAAUGAAAGAACAUUUCUAGAAUGGAUUAUUAUUAAAAUUUUACCUUUCUUUCAAUCAUCUGUAUUCAAAUAUGUAUUCUGGGUUCGAUGCAAUAUUUCAUCUUUGCAAGCUCACAUAUUGAAUCCUUGUUAGUUACAAUCAGCUCUUGAGUCAAAACCAUUAGCUUCCAUUAGUCCAGAAAUUGCAUUUACUAAACAUUUUUUUCUAUCUCGAUUGCUACUUAAAACGGUUAUGCUCCUAAAUUAGCUUCGGAAUAAUUGAUUUCGGUUUUAAUAGUUAUCGACAGAAGUAGUCAGUACGCGCUUAAGUGAAAAUCGGAAGUCCCAAAUAAAUGAAAAGCCGCAUUUAUGAAAGAACACAGUAACAAUUGCAACAUUGCAGCCAGAAAUCAAUAACCCUAUUUACAAUCAACCGAUUAGCCAUAUAUUACAUAGGAAAACAUAUAGAUGAAAGCCACCAUUGAGAAAACAAACCGAACGCCGAUGAUUUAACUGAUAGGCAAAAUAGAACCAGUAGCGCCAAUGUUGAAACAUUGAGAAUAAUAAACACGGAAAUAAACAAACUACAGUCAGUUUUAUGCUCAAUCUGUUCAAACAAAGA